UGGAUGCACCUGGUGAGCACCUGGAUGCACCUCAGCGCCUCUCAGGAGACAGCGCCUCUCCCGGUGAUCCUCGGACGUAGUCAGUGCUGGCUGUACGUCGGCGAGCUGAUCAUGGAGGAGGCGGAGAGUGCCAAGUUCGAGCAGCUGAAGUCGCCUGGUCCUCUGAGUCAGGAGGAGCUCAGCGAUCAGGACCACCUGGAGCUCUGGCUCGUCCGGCUCAGCCCGCAGGUGGACGCGGAGGAGCUGGUCGGCUGUAAGCUGCCGGUGUCUUCGGGCAAGAGCUCACGCUCCGGCGGACUGGAGCUGAACGCCGAGGCGUUCGUGCCGGCCGGCCUCCACCUGCUGGCGCCCAACAGGAAGGGCAAGAAGCUGAAGCCCGUGCCUGUCCCUCUGCGGGGUCAGAUCACCGUACACCAGCGGCUGGACGUGCCCCCCGGCGACCCGCUGCCGCCGCCGGCCUCAGCCGUGCCGCCGCUGCCGGCCGGCCGGCCCGACCGCCACCCCAUGCUGGGCGUCGGGUACGAGGAGGUACUGCGGGAGAGCAGGCGGGCGCUGGAGGCGGCGCAAUCGCUGGACGUUUUGGACGGCAAGAAAAGUAAAAAGAAGAGAAAAUCGCGGGCGCCUGAAGAAGACGCUGUGGUGAUAGACGUGGGGAGCAGUCGGAAGAAGAAGAGGAAGUCGAAAGGAUCGUAG